AUGGGAAUUGAAGAGAAUUAUUUUGAAAAUUUAAUUAUAAAUGUAAUUAAAUUUAUUUUUGUUAAUACACAAUCUUUAAUUGAUUUUGAAGCAAUGAGUAAUAUUUAUCACGAAAAGAUUAUAAAUAUUGGAGGAAUAGCUAUUCCACAAAAUAACAAUCAAAAUUUAACAGGACAAGUAGCAAAUAUUUUUGAUUUUGCUUUCCAAAAUAAUAAACAAAUAAUUUUUGUUAGUUUUGGAACGAUGUUUGAUAGUCGAUAUUUUACAGACAUACAAAUACAUAAAUUAAUUAAAAACUUUUCUCAAUUUAAUUAUUUAUUUAUUUGGGCAAUUGAGGAUGUUGAUUAUAGAAUACAUAGUAUAUUGUGUGAUUAUAACAGAACAAAUAAUAUAUUGGAGGAAAAUACCAAUACAUUUAUAUUUGAUCGAGUAAAUCAACCAGCUAUUCUUGCUCAUCCCCUUACAAUUCUUUUUAUUUCUCACUGUGGAAUAAAUAGUUCAAUAGAAGCCGUAAAAUAUGGAAAACCAUUAAUUUGUGUUCCUUUUAUGGCUGAUCAAUUCUAUAAUUCAGAAGCUUUAGCCUCCCGCGGAGUUGCUGAAGUUGUGGACAGAGAAGGGAAUUUUGAAAAUCUUGAACAGAAUAUUUUGGAUGCAUUAAUGUAA